AGAAGCAGUGGCAACAACAAUAAACAUUCCGCUUCGUUAGCCAGCAAUUUGCUAAAUGGACUACCAUUAACAGGGGAUUCCCGGUGUGACGUUUCCAGACGGAGUGAUUAUCUGAGUAGCCCGAAAACUAAAUCUGAUCGGAGGUUAAAGAAGCGCCAUGUUUUGAGUUUUAACAUGUGAUGCGCAAACGGCCGAGGGUAGCCAGCCUUCACCGUUAGCUUGUUUACAUUUAGCCCCUUUCCUCCCGUUUUAUUUGUGUCUUUUGUUUAAUGUCACUGGUCUCCGGUCCCGCGUACAGACAUGGAGAGUUUGUACAAGCGAAAAAUGUUCGCAUCCAUGCGGAAAACCAAGGUGGCCGCAUCGAAGAAGCGACAGAUCGGCCUACCCGCCUCCAUCCUGGACGACAGUGACGAAGGCUCCUUCUCUUCCUCCUCCUCCGGUUCCCAGUCCGACUUCCAGAGCUCCCCGGAGGAAGACAGCGAGAAGGAGGAGCAGGACCGGAGCGAGUCCGGAGCCACAUCCAGCGACGACAGCCGCUCCGUGACCCGCAGAAAGCGCUCCUUCCUGGGCGGCGAGGACAGCUCCUCAUCAUCCAGCCGUGACGAGGAGGAUGAAGAGGAUGACGAUGAGGAGGACGAUGACAGGGGUCACCCGAAGAGGAUGGUUCAGCCCAGGAAGAGGAGCAGGCUGCAGCGGCAGGACGACUCGGAUUCAGAGCACGCGGAGGAGAAGCGGAAGGAGGAGGCCGAAAAGGCGAAGAGGAGGCAGAGACACAACAAGCUGCUGGCGCUGUCCCGGAGGAUGAAGGCCCGGGUCCCCAACAGGAGGAGGAGCCGCGUCGAGCAGGGUGCUGCGGAUGAGGAAGAGUCUAAAGGAGCUGAGGAUGAAGCUGAAAGGGGCGGAAAUGAAGAGGAAGACGAUAAGAAAGAGGAAACAGGAGGAGGUGAAGAGAAAGAGGAUGAAGAGGAGGAGAAGCAGUAGCUCUGCGGUGAUGUAGACGUUUGAAAGCAACUUAAAACGAUCAGAAUACGACUGUUUGUACAGUUUUUCUCUUUUUGCUUUUAAGUGGAAAACUUAAGAAUCUGAGGCUUUCGUAGUUGCUAUAGAAACAUGCAUCCGAAAGAUGUAAAACAGAUGUGUUUAAUAACACGGCUUCAGACUGAUGGUUUCAUACUUUAUAUCAUGAUCCUGGUGGGCACUCCCUGCUGGUCUGAUCUAGAUUUGCUGCCCACAAACGAAGCAUUACAAGCUAAAAACUGGCGAUCAGUUUUCUGUCGCGGGACCCAAAGAAAGGACCUAGACUUCAGAUUCUUCUGGAACUGUUUUCGGUUAAAAAUCUUCAGCAUCUGCAGAUGUGCAGCCAGCCUGAUGCUGGCAGGGAUGCAGCACUCGGAGUCAGCAGGCGACACCCAAACCUAGAGCUUUUUUUCUGUCGUUGACAUAUUUGUAGGAGAGAAGUGGGCUGCAGCUCCUGCAGAGCGUCCAGAGAUAUCCAAUCAGAAACGUCGGCUCUCCGUUUGAACUCUGCUUUUAUAAAUGUGACUAAACUCAUAAGUCUGGACAGACUGAGACCCCAGAACCUUCUGGAAACUACAGUAUUUAGAGACUUUCAGUAUACCCAGCAGAUUAUUCUCAGUUUCAUGUAUGUUGCACUUUUGUUAUCUUUGAAUAACGAUUUCUUUCUGUCAUUUAAAAAAGAUUAAAUUGUCCUCUUCUU